ACCUAUCUCUGACAAAUAUUCAAUCUAUCUAAUUUCUAAUUCAGUUUGUGUACCACAGGAAAAGAUAACAAUAAUGAGAACAUACGAGAGAUAUUGGUGGUGGGUUAAGGAGAAGAAGCAGAUGGCUUUGGUGUUGUUCAUGAUAGUAACAUUGAUGCUUCAACUCCAGAUGAAAGGAUGUGUGGGUUGUCUGGAAACUGAACGAACGGGUCUUCUGCAACUCAAGUCGUAUCUCAAGAAUGGUUUUGAAGUAGAAGAAGAAAGCAUGAUGAAAUCAUGGAGUCAUGAUGAUCCUAGCAGUGAUUGCUGCCACUGGGAAAGGGUAAAGUGUAGUGACGCUACCGGUGGCCACGUAGUCCACCUCUCGCUUAAAGACCUCAUACUCGCCAGUUAUGCGUUAGAAAACCAGUCUCUAAAUCUGUCUUUGCUCCAUAGCUUCCCUCGGCUCCAAAGUCUUGACUUAUCAUUCAACAAGUUCAGUGACUUGUUUGAUCCCAUCAACGGUGCAGUGCUUCCUUCAUCUUUACACGUACUGGAUCUUGCAGAAAAUCAACUAUCAUCGAGCCCAAAAGAGAUUUGCACAUUAAUGAAUCUUCGAGAGCUGAAUUUAAGAUCCAAUGCUUUGACAAAUCUUCCUUAUUGUCUAGCUAACUUAAGCCGUCUUCGAACUCUUGAUCUAUCGGGAAACCAAAUGAAUGGAGACUUGUCUUCCUUUGUAUCUGGUCUACCAUCAGCGCUUGAGUACUUGUCCCUGUUGGAUAAUGACUUCAACGGUUCGUUCUGCUUCAGUUCACUAGCAAAUCACACAAGACUCACAGUAUUCAUGCUGUCAUCGAAAGUUGGUAUGAUCCAAGCUCAGGCUGAGACCUCCUGGUUUCCACCGUUUCAGUUGAAGAUGCUAAAGCUAAAGAACUUCAAUCUUGGCAGCACGAUUCCUAGCUUCCUUGCUCAUCAACAUGACUUACGCCUCAUUCAUAUUACUUAUAGCCAGUUGAAAGUACCCUUUCCUGGUUGGCUUGUGCAGAAUAAUACAAGGCUGGAGUCUAUUAUACUGAACAACAAUUUGUUGACAGAGCUUCGACUACCUAGGCUUGUUCAUGGCCUACAAUAUCUUGAUAUCUCCAGUAAUAGGAUAUACGAUUCAAUUCCAGAAGACAUAGGGAUUGUUUUUCCACAUCUGAAGUUUAUGAACUUUUCUUCAAAUCAUAAUCGUGGAACCAUUCCAUCUUCAUUGGGCGAGAUGAAAAGUCUAUACUUCUUGGACAUGUCUUAUAAUCGUCUAUAUGGUCAGCUACCCAAAACUUUUUUUCGUGGUUGCUACUCGCUGACGUAUCUGAGGCUCUCCAAUAACCAACUCCAGGGGAAAGUAUUUCCGAGCCAUGCAAAUCUUACUAGUUUAGUUAGGUUGUUUCUUGAUGGCAACCGUUUUGAUGGGAGUCUCGAAAAAGGUUUGUUGAACUCAAAGACUCUUGAACUGUUGGACGUAUCAGAUAAUAGCUUUUCCGGCACACUUCCAUAUUGGAUUGGUAAAAUCUCAAACCUAUCUUUUCUAUACAUGAGGGGAAACAAGCUAAAAGGUCAGGUGCCUCAUCAACUACAAAAUCUACAGCUUGUGGUUUUAGACAUGUCAAACAACAGAUUUUCUGGUUUCAUUCCAGGGUAUUUUAAUGUUUUGUCUCUCAGAGAAUUAAGGCUAGAUAGCAAUGAGUUCAUGGGCCCAGUUCCGAGCUAUUUAUUCAAGUCUAAGGUAUUACAGGUGCUCGAUUUGCGGCACAACAGUCUUUCUGGAAUGAUUCUGAAUACUACUAUUGGAAAUACAUCCGACUUAGUAGCUCUUCUUCUAGGGAAUAAUAGCUUUCAGACUCAUAUCCCUGACAAAAUAUGUCAGCUAAGUAAAGUUGGUCUCUUGGACUUAUCUCACAACAAAUUCAAAGGCGCCAUACCCUCAUGUUUUGGUAAAAUGCCUUUUGGUGCCCAACCAUACGACGACCUUACAUUCGGUCCAUAUGGUUACACACAACAAUUGGCAUUCUUCCAAAGUUGGAGCUAUACAUCAGCUCUUGACCUUCUUGAUAACGAAGUAGAGGUUGACUACGAGUCAAUAGCAGAAUUUGUAGCGAAUUUUUUAUCGAAAAGCAGAUAUGAAACAUAUCAAGGUGAUAUUCUUCGAUAUAUGUAUGGUUUGGAUUUGUCAAGCAACCAAUUAUCCGGUGAGAUUCCAGUUGAAGUUUGGGAUCUUAAGAUCAUCAGAUCCCUGAAUUUUUCGAGCAACCGCCUCAUCGGCUCCAUACCAGAUAGCAUUUCAAAGCUGGAGAAUUUGGAGAGUUUGGAUUUAUCUAACAACAAGUUACAUGGAAACAUCCCUCCUCAGCUAGCUGAUCUCAACAGUUUAGGAGUCUUCAAUAUCUCAUUUAACAAUUUUUCAGGUGAAAUCCCUUUCAAAGCCCAUCUUAUGACCUUUGACGAAAAGAGUUACAGAGGCAAUCCUCAUCUCUGUGGAAUUCCUACCAAUAAAAGUUGCAACCUCGAGGGAGCCACAGAGACAAGUGCAUCAAAGCGGGCCACAGAGGAAGAAGAAGAAGGUGAUGGUGUGAUAGAUAUGGUGUGGUUUUAUUGGACUUGUGGUGCAGUCUACAUCACCACAUCAUUGGCUUUGUUUGCGUUUCUAUGCAUAGACUCACGUUGGUCACGUGAAUGGUUUUAUCGUGUUGAUGUAUUGGUUCAUCAUCUUCAACGCUUCAAGGAUGGCUUCAUCUGCAACUGAGCCUAAGGUGCACUAUUACCAUACAUUCCUCUUUAUAUAGAAAGAAAGAUCUGUCAUGUUUGGUGUUAUUUAUGUUGUAUUAUGUUUGAAUAUGGACAAUC